AUGUCAGCCGAACCAUGCGCAGUUUGCAAUCUCCCAAUUAAAGCUUCAAGAAUUAGAGCAAAGGGUAGAUUAUUCCAUGAGGAAUGUUUUCAAUGUAGUAAAUGUGGAGUAUCAUUGGAAAGUUUUUUCUUUAAAGAUGGUAAACUUUAUUGUGAUCCAUGUGAGACAGAGUUGUUUGCCAAAAAGUGUGACAAGUGUCUACUACCAAUCCAAACAACUCUUGUCAAUGUAAGAGGAAAAACAUAUCAUACCGAUUGUUUUAGUUGUCAUUAUUGCAAGACAGCAAUCAAAGGAGGAUUUUUUUAUAUUGGAGGCAAUUUUGUUUGUGAUAAAUGUGAUGCAAAUGGAAAUAAUAGUGUAAAUAAUACAACUCAUAAUCAUAAUCAUAAUAGUAGUAGUAAUAGUAACAGUAAUAAUAGUAUUAAUAAUGGACAAAGAGUAUCACCACCAACUACACCACCUGCAUCUGGAGCACCUAUGCCACCAUCUGAAUUGGUUCGUGCUACAUCACAUAAUAUCAUAAAUCCAUUACGUCCACCUCCAUCUUAUCCAUCCACCGAUUCACUCGUUUCCAAUUCUUCAUCUUCAUCAUCCUCUUCAUCUUCAUCAUCAUCUACGCCACCCUACGUCAACUCAUUUGUUAAUAUUCCAGCCAAUCCAAUACCACAACCAACAUCACAUUUUACCGUACCCAACGUGCAAGUUCAUUCUGCACCCGAGCUCUAUAGCAACCAUACGUCACCACCUACCACACCACCACAUGAAAAGCGUUCAAGUACCACUGUCAUCAAUGUCGGUGGUCAAAAUGUCGAAUUGCCAGAUGGCACCAACGUUGUACAUAUCCCAUCACAUCAAUCAGGAGUAGGAAUAGGAGGAAUCAAUACUAUGUCUCCAGGUAUCGCAUCGCACAAUUUCAUAUAUAUUGUCAAUACACCUAAUAAUAGUGGAGGAGCAACAAUGUCUCUACCACACAUGUUUGGUAACACACUUCGUUUGUCGGGUGACAUUUCAGCAGCUGCCUCACCAUCUCUAUCACCAACCUCUUCCACAGGUUCUUUGCUUUCGAGUAAUAGUUCGUCUGGUAGUCUGACAACACCAGGUGGCCAAAAGAACAAAGACGACGACAAACCACCCAUUGAAAAGCAUAUUCCAGUUAUCAAUGGCAAGACAAUCAACGACUUGCUCAGAACACAAUCAUUUGAAGAUAUCCUAAACAAUGUACUAAACAACAAGGUUAGAGUACACAAUGAAAUCAAGAAAUCUGAAAUAGAAUGGGGUGAUGUCAUGGCAUCAGGUGCAUCUGGAAAGGUCUAUAAAGGAAAAUACAAAUGUAGAGAUGUUGCAAUCAAAGUUUACAGUACCGAUAAUUUAUGUUUUAGUAGAGAAGAAUUUGAUAGAGAAGUUUCAAUUAUGAGUUUAUUGGAACAUGAAUGUUUUACAGAAUUUUAUGGAGCAAAUACUGAAAAGACCAAUUAUUUAUUCCAUGUUUCUGAAUUGAUUAAAGCUGGUAGUUUAAGAGAUAUAUUGUUAAACAAGGAGUACGAGAUGAGCUAUGCUCAACAAAUAUCGAUGGCAUUGGAUAUUGCCAAUGCAAUGAAAUACCUUCAUUCGAUGGGUGUCAUUCAUAGAGAUUUAAAGAGUGGUAAUGUGUUGGUCACCGAAGAUAUGCGUGGAAAGGUGAUCGAUUUUGGUACAAGUCGUGCAAUUGAUUUGUCCAAACAGAUGACUCUUAAUCUUGGUACAUCUUGUUGGAUGGCACCAGAGGUAUUUAGAAACGAACCAUACACUGAAGCUUGCGAUGUCUACUCGUUUGGUAUUGUUUUAUGGGAAAUCUACUGUCGAAGAGAUCCCUAUGAAAAUGUAAAUAGUUGGAGUAUACCUUUAAUGGUUACUAAAGGUGAAAGACCUCCUAUCCCAAAUGAUUGUCCUUCUGAUUUUUCUAAAUUGAUAAAGGCAUGUUGGAUUGAUAAAGCAAAAAAGAGACCAUCAUUUAAAGAAAUAUUUUCAACUUUAAACAAAAUCUAUGGAGGUUUAACUUUAAACAGACAAAAAAAGAAAGGAUUAUUUGCAACCAAAUAA